CUGAACUCAAGCCCUAACCCUAGACCUACCCACAAUUUCUUGCUUCAGAUCUCUUGAAACAAAGCUGUUUUUGAAAUUCAAUUCUCGCUUCUUUUUCCGGACUCCAAGCAAUCAAAUCCCUUAAAUCUCUUCCUUUAUUAAUGUUUCGGUAAUCUAAAAGAAUUUGCAAGCCUCUUUUUUCUUUUCAUAUUUCACGGCAGUCAUCCUUUGUUUCUACGCGAUUGAUGUGAGAUUCACAAUAUUAGUCCGGCUUAUACAAUGUGACGAAAAGUAGUUGAGAAUUAGUCGAAAUAAAAGUAUACAAAGGAGGCGAAAUGGGUCAUGGUGGCCUGGUAAAAUUCUAGAUCCACAUGAGCUUUCAACUUCCCAUGUGAUGACACCGCGAUCUGGAACUGCAGUGAAGCUACUCGGAAGGGAUGAUGCAAGUGUGGAUUGGUAUAAUUUGGAGAAGUCAAGGCGCGUGAAAGCUUUCAGAUGUGGUGAGUUUGACGAGUGUAUUGAACGAGCAGAAGCUUCUCUAGGAAUGCCUCCAAAGAAAAGAGAGAAAUAUGCUCGUCGUGAAGAUGCAAUAAUGCAUGCUCUUGUACUUGAAAGGCAGCUGGUAGGGGGGAAAAAUGGGACAAGAAAUUAUUCGUGUGAUGAUAUGAUAAAUAAAUCGCCAGAUGACACUGUAAGUAGAGUAUUGACAUCUCCAGAAUGCUUUGGAAAUAAAAACCAAGGGAACUUAUCCGUGAAAUCUCAUAAAGCUUUAGUGGGAUCUGUGUCCCCUCAUAAGGAUGAGAUCGGUGUGUGUGGAGAUGUAGGCCGAAAGGGAAACCAACUUAGUGGGGAUAAUAAUUAUUCAAUUUUGCCCCCCAGGAAAAGAGGUUUGAUGGAGUUUGGACUUAGUGCACCCCCUCCAAAGCAUAAAACAUCUCUGGUUGUCUCAAGUGGCAUCAACAAACUUUUCUCUGAGAGAAUUGAUCGUCUUGAGGGAUGUCCAAACAAAGUAGGAAUCGUUAGCUCUGAAACUCUCCAAGUGUCAAAGAACAGUGAUGAGCUAUCAGUUUCUUACCUUCAUCCUGAUAGGAGUAGUAGUGGUUUCACUUCUGUCCCAAGGGAGGAGCAGUUGGGAGUUAUGUACCAUGCAAAGAAAAGAAGGCAUGGCUUUCACGCAGAUGAUUUCAGAGGCUGUUCAAAUGCUAGUAAGGUUUAUCUCCCCACCACUCGGACAAAUAUCUCAACUUUAAAGUUGGAAGGAAGUUACUGUCCUUGCCAAGACGAGUCAUGUGAAGAAAAAACUUCUGGAUCCACAGAAUGUACUGAAACUGAUUCUUCCGAGACCGAUUGUGAGGAAUCGGAUUCAGAUGAUGAUAUUGCAACCAUAUCAGAAGGGGCUGCAUCCAUAGAAUUACAACCUAAAUAUUUGGGAAGAUCUCAACCACUAGUUAAGCAUGGGGGCACAAGCAGUGAAGAUUCUGAUGACCUGUCAGGAGCAGAUUCUCAUCCUUGUAUUAACCAUAGUGUCUCGGCUUGUGUUGGGGUAUCAAAAUGGCUACUCAAAGGGAAAAGGAACAACCGAGGUUUUGCUAAAAAGCCUCCGGAUACAUGCGUUGAGAAAAAUCGUUUCAAAAGACCCGGCUAUGUGAUAACCAGUCCUGCCACUGAUAAUAAAAAUCAUGGUGCUAGUUCAUUUAUGAAAUCCCCUAGAGUGAAUAUAUCUGGAUAUCCAUCUAGAGGUGGUGGUAGCUGCGGGAAUAGUGCCAAUUGGGGGGACUUAUCUAAAGGAGAUUGGGUGAACUGUGGGGGGGAGUACCUUGAUCAUCCUUCGUAUAAUAAUAUUUAUCACCAUCUUGGUGUGCCAAGGUCACUGAUAGAAGUGGAUUUAAAAGUCCAAGCUGGGUACAAGAGACAGCCUAUGCCUUUGAUUUCAGUAACCAGUAAGAAAACUGGCCAUGUGAUAGUGGGGCACCCUGUGAAAAUCGAAGUCCUUGAUAACGGCUUUGUUGAGUGUUUGUUUGCUGAGGCUGAUGAUGCUGCUAUAUAUCGAAAAACAUUGGACGAUGAAUCAUCAUUCCAGCCUACAUGGAGGACUGCCCGUAGGAAAGCUGGCGCUCGCGUUCCAUGUCAUCAUCCAUCAUCAUCAUCAAUGAAGCGCAACAGAAAUGCUAGGAAAGCUACUUCCACUGGUUUUCAUCACAAGGCGACAAGUAUUAGUCUGAUGAUGAAGAAGAAUAGCACCACACAACAGCUUCCUCCAUCAGAUAAGGCUCUCCCCAAAAAGGCCCUGAGAAACAUAACUUCUCCUUCCACUCAUCAUCAGAAGAUACGAACUCUCUCAUCAAUUGCCUCACAACAGAAACAAUGCAUUGAUGCAAACUGCAACAGAUUCCAUGUUGAUGGGCUGAUCAAACAAGGGAGUAUGCUCACGGUGGCAUGUAUUCCAGUUAAGCUGGUUUUCAGCAGAUUAAACGAGGAUUUGGCGGGGGGUCUUCAUCCUUAGAACCAAGCGACGUGCCUGAUCUUUUCUUAAGAAAUCAGUAAUACUGCUAACAUGUACUCUUCAUUAUAAGCAAUAAUCUCCUUUUUUGCGUGAUAAAUAUGCAUGAGCAACCCAUCUAUUGCUGGUGGGAUCUUUGUUUAUCCCGAAAAUUGUUGUUGGGUAGCCAGCCUAGGAGCUCACCUGUAUUUUUGUUGUAGGCUACAAGAACUAUAAAAAUUUCUUCAGAUGUCUUGAUAUGAAGGAUGAAG